GUCUUGCAGUGUAAGAGUUUAGUGACAGUGUCUAUCUUUCUUGAACCCGCGUCUGAACGUGUGAUUGAGAGUCUGGAAUCUGUCUGCAAUGGUGAAUGAAGCUGAUAACAAGUUAACUUGGGUGAUCAAGGAUUUCUCCUCUCUGCAAUCUCAGAGGAUCUACUCUGAUGGAUUUUUGAUUGGUGGCUACAAAUGGUGUCUUAUUGCUUAUCCAAAGGGAGCCAAAGUUGAUUUCUUGUCUCUGUAUCUUGGAGUAGCCGAUCAUGAAACAUUACCACUUGGAUGGAGAAGGAACAUAAGUUUUUCACUCCAAGUAGUAAAUCAAUUUUCAGAAAAAUCCUCCAUACUGCGAGAAGCAACCGAGUGGUUUGAUCAGAAGACUCCCUUCUUAGGUUUUCUAAAAAUUCUUCCACUUACCAAACUUCAUUCCAAAGAUGGUGGCUUUCUUGUGAAUGGUGAGCUCAAAAUUGUUGCGGAGGUAGAUGUUCUUGAAGUUACCGUACAAUCUGAUGCAUCAGAGGGAUCUCAAGAGGCAGCACAACCUAUGAAAAAAACAAAGAUGACUGAUUACGGUACAGGAUCUAGUGAUUUGCACCAGGAAACUCAAGUGGGAAAAGAAACCAUUGACGUCAAUGGGUUUCAAGUCUCUACAUCACAAGUAGCAUAUGUGAGGUGUAUAUUUGAAAAACACCCAGACUUUGCAUCAAAAAUCCGUUCAAAUAAUCAGCACCUGAAGUCAACAUACAUGAAUGUUCUCCUAGGACUAGUUGAAACACUCUGCCAGUUGCCUGAGAAGCUCUCUGAUGAUGAUUUUGGUGAAGCAUCGGCUGCGGUUUCAUACUUAACCCAGGUUGGCUUUAAAGUGGAUUGGUUGGAGGAGAAGCUGGAGGAAGUACAGGAAAAGAAGACGAAAGUGAACACUGGCAAGGCUCAGCUGCAACACAUGGAGGAAGAGUUUAAGGUACUCAACAAGAAAUGCUUGGAACUUAAAGAUCUUGUGGAGAAGCAGAAUGCAGAUGUGACAGCCGCCAAUGUUGCUCUCUCGUUCGAUGAUGUUGUUUGA